AUGAGGAGACUGAGUUUGUGGUGGCUUCUGAGCAGGAUCUGUCUGCUGCUGCUGCCGCCCUGUGCGCUUGUCCUGGCCAGGGUCCCCGGCUCCUCAUCCCACCCGCAACCCUGCCAGAUCCUCAAGCGCAUCGGGCACACAGUGCGGAUCGGGGCAGUCCACCUGCAACCCUGGACUACAGCCACCCGCACCACCACCAGCAGUGGACAAAACUGGAGCGGAACAAGGGGGCAACGUAAUGACAUCUACCCCGGGGGCGCCACGGCGCCUGUCACAGCAGGAAAAACGGCAGGGGCCCUGGACGGCCAGGCCAGGGCGGAGACUGAGGUGGUGGCUGCAGCGGCAUCGGCAGAGGCAGGCGAUAGAAGUUGGCGGGCCAGGGCCCCCACUCCCGUCGGUGGGGCAGAGGCUCCAAGCCGCUGGAUUGGGAGCGCCCUGCACAGCAGAGGGGCUGGGCUGCCGGGAGGUGCGGGUGAGUCAACGCUCUUUCCGCGCGAUGCUCUGCUCUUCGCUGUGGAGAACCUGAACCGCAUGUCGGGACUGUUGCCUUACAACCUGUCCCUGGAAGUGGUGAUGGCGAUUGAGGCAGGACUCGGGGAUCUCCCUCUUCUGCCCUUUUCCUCCCCGAGCUCAGCCUGGAGCAGUGACCCCGUCUCCUUCCUGCAGAGCGUGUGCCACACCGUGGUGGUACAAGGGGUAUCAGCGUUGCUUGCCUUUCCCCAAAGCCAGGGGGAGAUGCUGGAACUCGAGUUCAUCAGCUCCGUCUUGCACAUCCCAGUAAUCAGUAUAGUGCGCUAUGAAUUUCCUCGGAAGAGUCAGAAUCCCCUUCACCUACAGCUGAGUUUAGAAAAUUCAUUAAGUUCUGAUGCUGAUGUCACUGUCUCAAUCCUGACCAUGAACAACUGGUACAAUUUCAGCUUGCUGCUAUGCCAGGAAGAUUGGAACAUCACGGACUUCCUCUUCCUCAUCCAGCAGAGUGCCAAGUUCCACCUGGGAUCCAUUAUCAAUAUCACAGCCAACCUCUCCUCGAGGCAAGAUCUACUGAGCUUCUUGCAAGUCCAGCUUGAGAGCAUUAAGGACACCACACCCACCAUGGUGAUGUUCGGCUGUGACAUGGAAAGCAUCCGGAGGAUUUUUGAAAUCACCACCCAGUUUGGAGGGAUGCCUCUAGAGCUCCAUUGGGUUCUUGGAGAUUCUCAGAAUGUGGAGGAACUGAGGACAGAAGGUCUGCCCCUGGGCCUCAUUGCUCAUGGCAAGACCACCCAGUCUAUCUUUGAACAUUAUGUGCAGGAUGCAAUGGAACUGGUAGCGAGGGCCAUUGCCACAGCCACCAUGGUCCAGCCAGAACUUGCACUCAUUCCCAGUACCAUGAACUGCAUGGAUGAGGGAGUCACCAAUCUCACAUCAGGGCAGUAUUUAUCAAGGUUUCUAGCCAACACUACCUUCAGGGGCCUCAGUGGUUCCAUCAAGGUGAAAGAAACCACCAUCCUAAGCUCCGAAAACAACUUUUUCAUCUGGAAUCUACAGCACGACCCAGUAGGCAAGCCAAUGUGGACCCGCCUGGGCAGCUGGCAGGGAGGGAAGAUUGUCAUGGACUAUGGGAUAUGGCCAGAACAAGCCCAAAGACACAGAACAAACUUUCAACACCCAGCCCGGCUCCAUCUGAGAGUGGUCACCCUGAUUGAACAUCCAUUUGUCUUCACACGUCAGGUAGAUGAUGAUGGUCUGUGUCCUGCUGGUCAGCUCUGCCUGGACCCACUGACAAACAACUCCUCCAUAUUGGAUGACCUUUUUGACAGCCUCCAGGGUGAUAAUGAUACGGUACCCAUAAAGUAUAAGAAGUGUUGCUACGGCUACUGCAUUGAUCUUCUGGAAAAGCUGGCAGAGGACCUGAACUUUGACUUUGACCUCUACAUUGUUGGAGAUGGGAAGUAUGGAGCGUGGAAAAAUGGCCACUGGACUGGGCUGGUCGGGGACCUCUUGAGUGGGACAGCCCACAUGGCAGUCACUUCCUUUAGUAUAAACACUGCUCGCAGCCAGGUGAUUGACUUCACCAGCCCCUUCUUCUCCACCAGCUUGGGAAUUUUAGUGAGAACCCGAGACACGGCAGCUCCUAUUGGAGCCUUCAUGUGGCCACUCCACUGGACAAUGUGGCUGGGGAUAUUUGUGGCCCUCCACAUUACCGCCAUAUUCCUCACUCUAUAUGAAUGGAAAAGUCCCUUUGGAAUGACUCCCAAAGGGCGGAAUAGGAGUAAAGUCUUCUCCUUCUCUUCGGCCUUGAAUGUCUGUUAUGCCAUCUUGUUUGGCAGAACCGUGGCAAUCAAACCUCCCAAAUGCUGGACUGGAAGAUUUUUAAUGAAUCUCUGGGCUAUUUUCUGUUUGUUUUGCCUUUCCACUUACACAGCAAAUCUGGCUGCUGUCAUGGUUGGAGAGAAAAUAUAUGAAGAGCUCUCUGGGAUACAUGACCCAAAGCUACAUCAUCCCUCCCAAGGCUUUCGAUUUGGAACAGUUCGGGAAAGCAGUGCUGAAGAUUAUGUGAAGCAAAGCUUCCCGGAGAUGUAUGAAUAUAUGAGAAGGUACAAUGUACCAGCCACCCCAGAUGGAGUGGAGUAUUUGAAGAAUGAUCCAGAGAAGCUGGACGCUUUCAUCAUGGACAAAGCGCUCCUUGAUUAUGAAGUAUCCAUUGAUGCUGACUGCAAACUGCUCACAGUGGGGAAACCAUUUGCCAUUGAAGGCUACGGAAUUGGCCUUCCUCCAAACUCUCCACUGACCUCAAAUAUAUCAGAACUUAUCAGCCAGUACAAGUCACAUGGAUUUAUGGAUGUGCUGCAUGACAAAUGGUACAAGGUGGUUCCCUGUGGCAAGAGAAGCUUUGCUGUCACCGAGACUUUACAAAUGGGUAUUAAGCACUUUUCCGGACUCUUUGUGAUGUUGUGCAUUGGCAUCGGUUUAUCUAUCUUAACUACCAUUGGAGAGCACAUAGUAUACAGGCUGAUCCUACCGCGAAUCAAAAAGAAAUCCAAGCUGAAAUACUGGCUUCACACCAGUCAGAGGUUACAUAGAGCUCUAAAUACCUCGUUUGUUGAGGAAAAGCAGCAGCUCAAGACAAAACAAGUGGAAAAAAGGUCCAACGCAGCCAACAGUCAGCUCAGCGUAUGGAAUACUGCCGACCUGAGCCACUACAAUCGGCGGAAAUACAUGUACCGUGAUGAAGGGCAAAGCCACCUGAACAUGCACCCUCAUCAGGGCAUCGCCCUCCCUAUAGUGAGGAGAGAGAUUCCCACUUCCCUCACCACCAAUGGGAAACCAGACUCCCUAAAUACUGCUAGGACCUCAGUGACCCAGGAGCUCACUGAGCUGGAGAAGCAGAUCCAGGUGAUCAGGCAAGACCUACGGCUGGCCAUGAACAGGAAGAACCAACUGGAAGAAUAUCAGAGGACAAACAGGACAGUCGAGUCCUAAGUGAUCCAAUCUCUAUCUGUUCUGUCCUGACCUUCCUGUCCUUCCCCCAAGCCACUUUCAACCCUUCUCUAACCCCUCUGUAAAAUUUGUAAUGUACUUUUGUAACUGCUGGCAGUGGUGAAGGAGAGCCAAACAAAAUAGGUUCUCCUUAGAAGGCAACCUCAAAGUGAUUCAUCAAUUUCCAUCCUCCAGGGUGGUAUUCUCAUUCAGAGAAUCUCUUCUUUCCUCCAUGUGAACUUUGAAUCAGUCAAGGGCAAUCUUGGACAAAGGAACUAACUAUGAGCAAAACCAGACCAUACUCAUCUCCUGUUUCCUUCUUCACCUGGUGCCACAUUUCUGGUUUUUAGCCCUUUCUGUGCAUUAAAAAAAUGUCAAUCAGACCUGUGUCUCUUACUGGGUUUUGAUAUUUUUACUAGUAUGAGCAUACCUCGACUAACAUGAUUAAUCAGAUGUAAUAAUGUUAUUAGGAGACUGCCAGUUCCGCAAGUUCAAUGUUUUCAGUGGUCAAUUGGCCUGACAAUGACACAUCAGGGUUUCAUGAUGUGACAAUGUGGUUACUUUGUGUUAAUGUUAUUGCAAAAGUAUUGUGGACAGUGCAAUGUUAGGCGAGGUAUGAUUGUAUAGAAUGGUUACCCAGGACUACAUAUUUUAAUAAUAUUUCUUCAAUUUAACCCAACUCAAAUUUGGGUUUUUUUUUAUUUUGGGGGUACAGUUAGUGAAAAAAGAUCCAAACACUCAAAAAGCUAAGACUCUAUUAGAGACCAAUCUUGCUGAAAAAUUAAUGGUAUCAUAUUCUUCAGUCAAACUAAGCUUUCUUUAUAAGUGUGUGCCUUUUGUAAGAGACAAAAAGAGAUAAGACAGAGAUGAGGCCUCUCUGAAGAACAUCUGUGUUUACUAUUUGUAAUAGGAUGUGUGUGACUGUGAAUCCUGUGAAAAUGUUUGUGCAAACCAUGUGAUGGGUUAAUUCUCAAAUCUGCCACAACCUAUCCUCUGACUGUAGGAAGCCCCAAAAGUGAUCCUCAUGCAUGCAACUGAACCUGCUCCAUGCCAUGCUUGAACUUGCAGGCAUCUACCCUCUCUUUUUUGUGUAACUACUGUGAUAUUUGCCAAAUGCCCUAGUCACCAAAGGCAUAUUGAUACGACUCUUGGUUCCUCCAGUUGGUAUUUCUAGCGCAUUUAUCGCCUCCAUGAAGUUGGAUCUGAGUCAUCUAGUUGUUUCUAUUUAGCUACCUCCUAACCCCCACAUAGCUCUCUAGAGAAGCAAGAUGAGGAGGGAGCCAACGAAGCCUAAAGAUCUCAGUUGCCUAGGGCCCCGAGAGCUCUGAAAAGAAGUAUUACUGCCUUCAGGAGAACACGCUUACAAUGUCACCUUCCACAGCCACCAGGGCACCAAAAAAUGUCACUCAGGAAUAGACUCUCCUUUACAUCCGUUAGAGUCUUUUUUUCCAAUACUCGCCAUUUGUUCCAAUUAAUCCAUUCAAAUUUUUUUGAGCACCUAUUAAUUCAAGGAACUGCACUAGGUGCUAAUGGAUAGGUGAGUAAAAUCUUCAGUCCCUGCCUUCACACUCUCACUUUUUGAGUGCCUCUUAAGUGACUGGCACAGUAGUUGGCUACAACCAGUCAACCUGACAAGUAGUUAGCCACCUCCAUCAAGUGACUGAAGGGGAUCCUAGCUCCCCAACUGUCCCUCACUUUAUACUAUGGCAUCUUAAAUUUCUGCUAAAGUCAUUCCCUUAAACGGAGAACUGAGUUUUCUGGAUGCUCCCAUUAACAUUCAAAUACUCCUAGCUGAGUAAUACUUUAAGCCUUGAGGGUGAUAAAUCACAACUGGAAAAUGAGUCAAUAGGAAACAAAGCAAAAGCAACACCCCAAGAAAGGGAAAUGGUUAAAGGGGCUAAAAACCUUCAAAGGUUUCAGCCAACCCUGCUCUCAGACUAUCCCUCACAGGGCUCUAAAGUAGAAAGCCCUGAGUUUGAAGGCACAUGUCUAGAACUAUCUCCCAGAAUUUUCUAAUUACAGCCCAGGACACUGUAGGGACCAGGUCAUUACCCUCCAUGCACCUCUUAUCCAGAAGGUUUAUGUACAGGUGUACCUCACUUCACACAGUAGCCAGGUUCUGGAAAAGUUGCCUGUAAAUGGAAAUUUUUGUAAAUCUAAUUAUAUUCUAACUGCAUUUGGGUGGCUAACUACUUAGAGGAACCCAGCAGUCUUUUGUAAAGUAAAGAAUCCUUUUGUAAUGCAAAUAAUUAUCCCCUAAUUUAUUUUUUUUCUAAGUUUGGGUUUUUUAAUAAUGGAUUUAAUUAAAGCAGGGCAUAUAUCAAUAUAAAGACACUUUGAGGAAUGCUUUUUUGGGUUUCUCUACCUUGUCACAAAAUAGGCAGUAAUUUUUGCCCCACUCAGUCACUCAGUGUCUGUUCUGGACCAUUGGGUGAUAACUGGCUGACACUGGUAAGUCUGGGGUAGAAAUGUAGUAGCCACUUGAAGGCCAGCUGUUGGGGACUGUCACCAGGUUUACUGUCAUUGAUGUUGCUUGAAAUGAUUUCAUUUUCUGGAAAAAAAAAAUUUCUUGUGAUGAAAUGAAACUGUUUUCAUGUUAAAUUGUGAUGGUUAUUUUUAUUGCUGGUGGUUGAACAGUGUUUUGCAACUUGUGAAACAGUGUGCUGUGUUUUGUAAAAAAGCUUUCAUGAAAUUGAGUCCUUCAAAACAACUCUGCUCUGCCCUACCCUAUCCUUACCUGGGCUCUAUAGACUUAGGCCCUUCUUGGGCUCAAAGAGAAAAAGUCAGUGACAUUCAGGUUAGGGAUGAUAUUAUACAAGAAGAAAACGAGUUUUCAUCCCUUGGCUGAAAGAGCUCCUGUUUCACAAAUACAUGAAAUUACAAGGCGGUGAAUAAAGGAAGAAAAGGUGAAAGUUUGAAUUCUCUUAUCAAGUCCCUUUAGGAGUAACAUUUGACCAUUCCCUAUCUCUGCUCCCUCAGCUACAAGGAAGCAAAUGUCAUUGGCCAUCUAAUGCCCAACCAUGUUUUGGGAAAACGUUGGAAAAUUCAAACUCACUCACUGCAAGAAAAGCUCUAUGUGAGCACCAAGAAUAGGUGUGUUAAGUGGUACAAAUGUGGCCACUAAAUGUCUGAAUAGCAAUCACAGAGCCCAGAGCUAGCAUGCUACACAGCAUAAAGGAGAAAAUGCACCCCACAGGUAGGGCAAAUGAUAAACACACCAGAUGUACAAGACAAUUCUUAAAAGCAUUUCUACGGUAGGCAAGUGAUGUGAUUGUAGCAAUCCAGCAUGGAACUCCACUGGGUUCUUUGAUGUGUUUGGAGAACAGUGAUUCUGGUCAUUCUAUAAAUGGUAAUCCUCCUUGUUACAUAAAGUUUUGCUGCUGCCCUUCCAAAUAGGGAUACUGGAGGGAAUGAAUAAAAGUGAAAGGAAAUCCCAAAGAAAAUAGUACCAGAUCAUCUGGCUUUAGACUCACAAGAGCUAAAAUUCAACACUGAAUUUAACCUUUGAGAAAACUCCUCUAAGAAUCUAAGAAACCAAGAAAUGAAAAUUAACAAGAGGUAAAAGGGUCUACUUUACAAAGUCAAAAUUGGCAAGGCAGAAACCCACAUCCAGCUUCAAAGGGAGUAUUUCUCUGGUCAUUAAAACCAAAUUUUUAUAUUUUUUGUGUGAUUGAAUGACCAGUUGUUCAGUCCCUCCUUUGAUCACCCACCUAAGCCAUAAACCUAUUUCUUCAAUACUAUUUACUACCAUGGCUUACUGUUUUAUGAAAACAGACUUCACUGUAUUUUCUUAGGAAGGCUGAAGAGUUUUUUUCUAUGUGUCUUCAUUCUGAAGUAUAUGAAACAGACUGCUCAGCUCCAGGGAAGGACUGAAAUGUUGUCCUUUGGGCAUAAAGUGAACAGGAUGAUUUGCUCUGGGCAUGUUUCUUGUACAUUUGGGUGGAUGGAUGAAAUGUCUUUAGGUCUUUUCCAUCACAAAUUUCUAUGAAUGUGGAAUAAAUGUUUGGAUUGAAA